GAGAGAGAGAGAAAAAGAGAAACCCGCAUUAGCAUGUUACCAUUAUGAACCAUUGAACCUGGGAAGGAAAGUAUACAAUAAGCCACAAAAAACCCGAAUCUGAAGAAAAAUCGUUACUAAGAGAAAAGAAAUAAGAAGGGAGCGGUGCAGCGGGUACCGUUUUGUUAAUGGAGUGAUGGACACUGGAGCGGCAACCGAAUUGGAGCCAAACCCGGAACCAGCAGCAGUAGGCAGGGGCGGUAACAGCAGCAAAACGGGACAAACCCGAGACGAGACGAGAUGGUGACAGUUUAGGUGAAUGUUGAAAAUUAACUUACUACAUAUAGAUUUAGAACUGCCCAGGUGUGGAAUGGGGGAGGUAGGAGAAAGCUGGAAGGAAAUAAAGGAUGUUACAUUUUAGCUGUUAGCAAGCAAAAAACCAACCAACAACCACAAAACAAAACAAAACAAAACAAACAAAACGGGGGCGGGACAGAGGGUGUAACGCGCACGACGUUCGCUGAUCCGUCAUGGUGAACGGGCAGCGUGCAGCUUAAUUGUUGAAAUCUCGGACUCGGACUCACAGCGAAGCCUACUGUUUUCGGGCUAAACUAGGUGUAAGCGGAUAAGCAGCAGCAGUAGUCUCGCUAAGCAAGGAAAGCGCCAAGCGAUACGGGAAAAUGGCGCAGAAACGGAGAGGGGCAGGGUGCCUGAACCCAAGGUGCGAAACCCAAGGUUUAGGGGAUAAGCGCGUUGGACAAGUUAGCCAAACAGCAAAGCAUGAUGUUAGUUUUGUUCGGUGUGCAUGUGCAAGACGGGCCAGGAUUCCGGGAUCGUGGAAGUUGUUGACUCCCUUGCCCAGGAGCGAGGAAACCUUUGGCGCGAUGCGCGACGGCUGGGUGUGUUAUUUGUGUUCCGCAACCCAGGCGGUCUGCACCGAGCGGCGAUUCUAGGUCCCAUGAUACUACCUGUUCUAACAUCAUCAUGGAGGUAGCGAAAAAAUAAAAGAAAAAGAGAGAGAGAGAAAGCGAGCAAACGAAACAUAGUGGAUAAGCCAACGUGCAACGGACGAACAGGUGAGAGCGCAGGAAUAUGAGAAUUAACUCUAGUUUUUAACUCAACUCUUCCACUAGCGGAAUUUCAAUCGAAGCUAGAGCAGAUCGCGCAGAAAAACGAACACGGCACGAACCGCACACACGAUCAAGAUACCCGUACACACUAUCCUCCUACCCCACCCCACCCACACCUACCCCACCUCACUCACCAUCUAAACGCUAGACUUUCCGGUGAAAAUGCAGAGUACAUUGCAUAGUACACAUUACCCUCAAACCGAUAUAUUAUCUCCGUUCUUCGCCAACUACUAGCAAACAGAGAAAGCGACGGCAGUGGACAUAUAGAAGAAGAAAAUAAACUCAAAAGUAAACAAAAAAGAAGCAGCAGCACAGGUGAGGAAUAUGGAGAACGAAGGAAAAUAAACGCUCGCGCGGGAGGGUUGAGUGAUACAGAGAAUAGACUCGAACAGAACUAAUACGAGGGAAAAACGGUAGGAAAGCCAAAUGAGAACACACCAAAACUACUACUAAAAAAAAAAAACAACAAACAAACGAAUUGAAAUUAAAACAGUAAGAGAACAGUAACAAACUCGUUAAGAGAAAGAAGAGAAAGUGAAAGAAAGGAAACUCACCAUUACAAAAAUCGAAGAAAACCCAACAUAACAACAAACUAUCUUCAGCGCGAUGGCACGAUGCGCGAGCAGAGCGUGCAUACGGGGAACAUAGGCAAACCCUCAUCCCCUCUCCAGCCCCCCCCCCCCACCCUUCACUACGAGAACAGCCAACACUCUUUGUAGCUAAAUUUAAGUCACAACUAUUUAAAUUAGUCUGUCAAUUUUUACAACAAUUGUUGUUAGUUAAUGAGUAUAAAAGCGUGAAGCAGGGGAGAGAGAGAGAGAGAGAGAGAGAGAAAGAGAGAGAGAGAGUCAAAAUGGUGUGUUGAGCGAUCCGGUGAAGAACCACAGCACAGCAAAACACUAUAGCGUCUCAUAUAGCAUCAAACGCAGUGCAGCUUUCUGAGGCUGUGGCUGCGGUAGCGUGAGUGCAUGCAUGCCUGCCUGCCUGCCUGCCUGUCUGCCUGUCCACCGAACGUCAAACGUAGCAUCGUUAAGCAAACCAAGGAACAAUGAGAAUGAGAAGCAAAUUGCGCGCAGAGCGAGGACGUGAACUCACCACACGGUUCCACAGCAAACACACACGGAAACACGCAUCAUGUCACAUCCAACAAGUUCCAACAAAUUUCCAUCGGCGCCCGGGAAAAUAGGGAAGUGAGGAAGUUGGAAGCGAAAGGGAAAAUCAAAACAAAAAAAAAAUCCUCCAGAUACUUCGAUUCGUAAGCGUUGUGCGCAGGAACCGUCGUUUUUUUUUUGUAAAGUUUCGUUGUUUUAUGCAAAUGUUUUAGCAGCAAUACUGCACUAUCGGGAACUAGGGAACGGAGCUCCGAAUUCAUUGAUUAACCCUCCGACCUCCGAAUGCUGCCUGUUAAAGUGUGUUGACAAAGCUACGCAGCUACUGUUUUGGGAGCGACACCUUUCGAUGGCCCUUCUGUAGAACCAAUUUUGCAUUUACAGCCUGGACAGAAAAUUUAGUGGUAAUUUAGUAACCCAGUGCCCAAAGCGGACGCUCAUUUUACUUUCUGUUUCUCUUUAUUUUAAUUUUAAUUUUGGAAAAUCAAAAUCGACCAAAUCGAAGGUGCCGGAAUAAAUGGCCGGAAUGGAAGCGAAUCGAAACAAUCGUCAUGUGGUCACGUGCAUGCCAUACCACCGUUUGAGCCCACCUUGGUAGUUAAUUUUUCGUUUCUUUUUUCGUGUCUCGAAAUCGUACCCCUAAGAGAAAGGAGUGCAUGUGUGGUGUGUUUUGUGUAUAGCGCGAAAGCAUAAACGUAAGCGUUUAUUGUGAAACAGACAGCACAGCGUUGUGUACGGAUUGCAGCCCAAACAAUUGGCCGUUUGGACGAUUCUGAAAACACUUGGGUAAAUGUAUAGAAACGAAAAAAAAAGAACAGAAAACAGGCAGUCAAAUCUCUACAAAUUAUAAUCAAUAGUUGUUAAUAUAAAUGUGAGAUGUAGAUGCGUACGGGUGGGCAGAUACGGACAGCAACCGAGAGGGUAACCAACAAGCCCGAUAGUAGUUGGAUUAGGACAGCGACGCUGCGAUUUGGUAAUGGGUGUUCAAGUUGAGGAGGAUUUUAUCACAAUUUCUCCUUCGGAACACUGUAACAAGCGUUAAAAUAGCAAAAACAUUCAGAGAAAAAAAACCCAACAAUAACAUUAACAAUGAGACGUUGAAAAGGAGAAAAAAGAGGGGAAAGUUAAAAAGUAAAACAACAAAAUAACAAAACAAAACCGAAACCGAAGCGGUACAUUAUGAAUUAAUUAACAAGCGUCUUCAGGAAUAAAUGGAUAUAAGAGGAAGGCUUCGGUGAGGCCCGAAGUAGCGGGCCUCCACGUGCACGUUGAACAACAGCAGCGGUAGCACCAGCAGCAGAUAAGCAAACCACCGACACAUUAAACGAAGCGCGCAUCUUCAGCCGAAAGGUCGAGCAGAGCGGCGCAACACGAUAACAGAAACACGUACGUAGCGGAAAUAGUUUGCGGGUUGAAUGAAUUUAACGUGCUUCGAAGGUAGAACAGGUGUAGAGUAGGAUAUGCUCGCCAAAAAUUAUCCCACCCCUUUGUUGAUAGAGCGUGCUACACGACAGCUACACAAUCAGUACCACCAUCACCACCAGCUACAGCCAAACGACAUAAAGACUCUCACAGACACAGACUCACCGGAUCCUGGAAAGAUAAUGAAGGAAACUUCGCACAAAUUUACGCCAUUUUUUUUUAGGGAAACAAACAUUACAGGCGUAGUUUGUCAGGAUAAUCCAGAAUUAUAGGGCGCAAGAGACCGAGAGAGCGAGAGAGAGAGAGAGAGAGAGAGAGAGAGAGAGAGAGAGAGAAAGAGAGAGAGAGAGAGAGAGAGAAGGCUAUAUACUUAUAAGGAGAAUGAAUUAUGAUUUUGGGGGUUCCUGCUGAAUGCGAUGGUCAUCUUGUUGUUAUCGUUUGAUUCGACGGCGCAUCGCUGCGUUCGCUGCUGAUGACCCACUUGCAGGUCACUUGCAGCCGUCGAGCCGUUCAUCCUCGUUGAUAAAGCGUACUUGGUACUUUGGUAUAGACUGCUUAGACUGAGAGGGAAUGGGCAACAGCGCCACUGUUGCAGUGGUGCGGUGGUGCGUUAGCCAAAGAAAAGGAACAGAGCAACAGUAUUACGGUCACAAAGGGCACUGCGGUUUGCGCAGAGCAGCCCAUGGCGGAUCUAUAGUAGAAUAAGUGUCGGUUUUGCUGUCGGUUUGCUGGGUACCACUAACUCUCGUUGUACCCGUGACAAGCGACCCCAAAAAGAAUGGCAGGCCAAGGUAGGGACACGAAAGAGUGCACGAAAAAAUGAAACGAAACAAACAAAAGCAAAACAGAGCAACACACAAAUAUAUAACAAAAAAAAGUAUCGUUAAUAAGCUAGAGUGUACAGAUUUGAAAUUGGUCAUAAAGAGAACAAACAAACGCGAGAAGAAACAGAAAACAAUAAGACAGGACGCGAGUGACAUCCGCUCGCCCGCGUGGUCAGCCAUUGGUCAGCUACGCUGACGACGAGGCCAACCCCCCCCCCCCCCCCCGGAAGGAUAGGAUCUUACAGUAAAGAAUUCCGGCAUUCGCUAUCCUCUCCCGGGGCCGGGGAUAUGGUGGGGGGCACGACAUGUUGUGUACAGUAGAUGAUGUAGAAAUUGUUUCCGCAAAUGUAUAACCAACAACAAACACAAACGCUACACAAAACACACACGUGAGGUUGGAUAAGAUGAACGAAACUAGGAACAGGCUAAGCCCCCCGGCCAUCCGGCAUAACAAGCAAGCUGGUAUCAGCAUUGUUGCACAUUUCCAUUUCUCGCUCGCUCUGUUUCUCCCUCUCCCUUUCUGGCUCUGUCUUUCCUUAUCUUUCUGUGGCCGAUAUGUUCCUUGAGCAACGUGAUCGAUGGCAUUGGCCAGAGGAUACGAUCAUGAAUCGAAUAGCUCGGUCUCAGGUUCACAGUAUGUUGCCUCUUGCAUUGAGCAUACAACAUACAACAACAAUAAAAAGAAUUGUUAUAAGUUCAUGAGCACCACACGAACGAAAUACUCUAAUGCUCCUCGGAACAAUACUCGGCAGCCACGGCAAGAAAAACAACUCCACAAACCCAUUUCACCAUCAACAUCGUUUUCCCUUCUUAGCGUAACUGAAACGAAACAUCAAAUAGUGGAUAGUGGGCAUUGGGUGCGGCGAUGCGCGUUAAAUGAAGGCAACAUGGCAUGGUAGUUAAUUUCAAAGCUAAAAAAAACAGUAAGGCAAAGCGGAAAAGCAUACAGACACACAUGCACACACAAACAACCAUACACAACCAAUACCACACCGAAGCAGUCCUCGUCUCGACGCAUUAGCAUGUUCUAGGUGUGUUUUAUAGAACGAAGCAAAACAAAAGAUUAACAUGAAAAGAAACUAGGUAACUAUGUAUGAAAAAUACUUGAAAAAAUCCACGCGGCAGCAGCAAACGGAGAAGAACGGCUCGCAGAGGAAUGAUCGACCACGAGAAUGGUUCGGUUGAGAUCAGUGGAUCAAAAGUGGGGGGGUUGAAUUUGUUACUUAUUAUUCCACUGCAAACGGCGGCCCCACGGCACAAUGGCGGACAGAACCGAAGAAAAUGGAACCGAAAUCCAGUGCGAGUUUAAUGCCAGAUGGAACCACGAGAUCCACGAGAAUCAUAUAUGUAUAUGUGAAGAGCGGCAGAGUAAAACAAAAAACGUUGUUAAGGAAAGUUAUCUAAUUCUACGAUGAACGGAUCAUUGAACGAAUGAUCGGCAAGGAAUGGCAGCAGUUUCAGACGAUCAGCUCAUCUGAUCCGCUUAUCUGAACCAACAAAAAGACAAACACACGACACGGGAACUCAAAUAGAAGCCAAUCACCCCUCGACAAAAAAAAAAACUCUAAACCAGCCCGGCAGUGGCAGAUAGGCCACGUUUGUCAAAGCGUAUGGGAUGGUGGCGGUGAACGGUGUCCUGUCACAGUGCUCGGCAUGUUGCACUCACAUGAUCACGAGUCUGUGUUGAAUGAAUCGCAAAUUCGCAGAGUAUCACGGAAAGGAAACGGUUAUCGUGUAAUGUUCGGUGAUGAUUCCUUACACUGGGAACCGGACCGCCACCAGCAAACGCCCCGUAGCGCCCCCCCCCCCCCCCCCAGGAUGACUAAGAAUACACCAAGCACAGGUGCGCGUGACUGAAGUGUCCACUUCAGGCAACAUCAAAUGUUUUUUGGCCUUACGAAGGCACGCGCACUUGAGCAUCGGACGGAUACUGAAACGGAUUGGGCGCCGGAUUACGCAAAAACGCAACCUAUUCUGCAGCGAAUGCUGCUACGCUCCACUCACUUUGCAUUCGUCUCCCUUAAUCCCCUGCCCGAUCCCCGGAACGUAUCGAUCCACUUGGAAAUCGUGGCGCGCUGGCAAAGGGAAUUUGUUUCUUCACCGCUACGAUGGUUUGCGAUUGUUUUGAGCCCAAUUGGGCAGGGGCAGGGCAGGCUUUUAGGAUGAGUUCACCAGCACUCGAUAGAUUAGUAGACACACCCGCUACCACUCGCUCGCUACACAGAGACGUCGAAAGAAAGGAGGAAAAUAGUGAAACUAAUUAUCACAGUCACCGGCAGCAUCCGAUAGGUAAACAGCAUUGCGAAUUCGUUAGGUACGAUUGUGACAGGAAAUGGUGGUGGUGCCGCAGGAUGGCAAACGCAUUUUAAAGGGUAUGCCGAUCGGAUGCGGUUAGCAGAAACACACCCAACAACAAAAAAAACACUUUACUAGAGAGGGGGGCAAUGGUUUGCGUUUAGCACUUUACUACCUGCCGAUGAUUUGUACAUAAUUGUUCUGUUUUGCUUCUUUUCCACUUCGGUUUUGGAACAGCCUGUUCACACCUUAGAAACAAAAGGAACUUAUUGCAUAACAAGGAAAAAAAAACUUAAUAAUAGUAGAAAUCAAAUGUUGAA